AAUGAUACUGACACAUGGACAGUCAACAUCGGAACUCCCCCCCAGACCGUCUACGCCCAAAUCGACACGGGCUCCUUCGAGCUCUGGGUCAACCCCGACUGCUCCAACGUCGCCUCCUCGGACCGCCGCUUCUGCCAGGCCAUUGGCUCCUACAACCCGCGCUCCUCCUCCUCGGCCGCCACCACCGACGAGUCCGCCAUGCUCCGCUACGGCAUCGGCUCCGCCAACGUCUCGUACUUCAAGGACACCAUCGCGCUGUCCGGCGCCCCGGCCAUGAAGCAGGUGCAGUUCGGCGUCGCCUCGGCCAGCGUCGACGAGUUCUCCGGCAUCCUCGGCAUCGGCGCCGGCGAGGGCGUCAACACCGACUACCCCAACUUCAUUGACGCGCUGGCCGCCCAGGGGGUCACCAAGACAAAGGCCUUUAGCCUCGCGCUGGGCAGCAAGGCCGAGGAAGAGGGCGUCAUCAUCUUUGGCGGCGUCGACACGGCCAAGUUCCAGGGCAAGCUCGCAACGCUGCCCAUUGUGCCGGCAAAGGAGUCGCCCGACGGCGUGGCGCGCUACUGGGUCAGGAUGAACUCGAUUGCGCUGUCGCCGCCGCAGGGCAAGGCCACGACCUUUAGCCAGACGGACAUGACCGUCUUCUUGGACAGCGGCUCGACGCUGACGCUGCUGCCGGAGCAGGUGGUGGAGGAGAUUGCAACGGGGCUGGGGUCGAGCGGCAUGGACUCGACGGGCUACUAUGCCAUCAACUGCAACCUGGCGAGCCAAAAGGGAACAAUCGACUUUGCCUUUGACGGCGUGACGAUUUCUGUGCCGUACAGCGAGGUGAUUCGCCAGGUCAGCUCGUCGCCGCCGCAGUGCUACCUGGGCAUGAUGGGCAGCACCGAGUUUGCUCUCCUGGGCGAUACCUUUUUGCGAUCCGCCUAUGCCGUCUUCGACCUCACCGGCAACAGCAUCCACCUCGCCCAAUACGCCAACUGCGGCACCAAAGUCCUGACCAUCACCCCCGACUCUGCUCUCCAGGGCCUCUCCAGCAGCUGCGGCGGAGGCAGC